GAGGUAAACAGAAUCAUCUAUUCAUCGGCAAAUCGCACGUUUUUAAUGUUACAGAUAAACUAAUAUUUUCCUUAGACUUUCCUGUGGAUAUUUGGAUUAUUUCUCAUCGAUUUUCUUGUAAAUAGCCAGGAAUGUCUUCAGACAGGGGAAGUGGUAGGGGCAGGGGUAGACGAUCCCGAGGGGGACAGAAUGAAGGUACCCAAAGUUCAGGUCCUGAUAGUCCUGCGGAAGCGAAUGGACCCAGCACUUCAGUUGUUUUGGAGCCCCCCGCCCCUGCCCCCAAGUCUGCCCCGAAAAGCUUUAAACCCACAGGAACAAGCAUGAAGAGAAUUCAGAAAGAAUUAGCAGAGAUUACAAUUGACCCACCUCCAAACUGCAGUGCUGGUCCAAAGGGAGACAAUAUGUAUGAGUGGGUGUCCACCAUUUUAGGACCCCCGGGAUCUGUGUAUGAGGGAGGAGUCUUCUUUCUGGACAUUCAUUUCUCAGCAGAUUAUCCAUUUAAGCCACCAAAGGUGACAUUUCGAACUCGAAUUUACCACUGCAAUAUCAACAGCCAAGGAGUGAUUUGUUUGGAUAUUCUAAAGGACAAUUGGAGUCCUGCUUUGACUAUCUCCAAAGUGUUGUUGUCAAUUUGUUCACUUCUCACGGACUGUAACCCUGCCGAUCCAUUGGUUGGAAGCAUCGCUACACAAUACACUCAGAAUAGAACUGAACACGAUAGAGUGGCUCGACAGUGGACAAAACGCUUCGCCACAGGACUCUGAUCGGAAUCCGAGGGUUUAUUUAUCAUUUCUAAUUUUGUCUGUCACAUGUACUUCACAAGUUCUUCAUAUAUAUACAAAAACAUUUUAUUAAUGUAUGAAACAUUUUAAAUUUGUGAUGAAAUGGCUUUUACAGUGUUUUUACUCCAAAGACUUUCCUUAUGAAGUUUUCGUCACUUUUUAAGUUUUAUUUUGACAAUAUUAUGUUGAUAGAAAAGGAAAAUUUGUUAUAAUUUGGACCUUAUUUUUUUGUUUUAAAUUAGAAACACUCUGAAUGAAAAUCUUGGAAUUCUUUUUCACACAGUAUUGUUGAAAAGUAUGUUUGAAACAGAAUGUUAAAUUAACAAAUGAAAUAUUAAUUGUGGCCAGCUUAGGUUUUUGGUUAUUUUUUAAGCGAAGUUUUACCUUUAUCGCAAAGUUUUACCUUUAUCACUAGUUUCAGAUGUUUUUUAUCGGAUCACAUGGUUAGAAUGUUUUAUUAAGAUAUUAUUUUACUUAAAUAGACAAACUUUACUGUAAUACAUAAUUACAUAAUGCUUACUAUCAGUGAAUUACAUGUAUAUGUUACAUGCAUGUACUCGUGAUAAAAGUUUUUUUCUCUUGAUAACAAACUCUAGAGAAUUUAACAAUUUUAUUCCUGAAGUGACAGUGAAGUUCUUUUAAAAUGGGUAUUAAUAAAGAAUGCCUGUUAUUUAUCUGAAAGAAUGCUUGAAGCAUAAUAUCUUUAUCGUCUUCAAAUGAUGAGCUGUCGUUUGAUAUAAGUGUAUGCAUAUUUCCAUGCGAGUUGUAACUGUAUACCGGUAUUUGAUACGUAACAACAUAAGAAUGCUAUGUGGGAAAAAAGCGAAUGGUGAAAAUGAUAACUGCAUGGUUGCAACAUUUUGUGAUCUUGUUUGGAAUUUUGUCGAAGAUUUUUUUUUGUUUGGUCAAGUGCUUACCUACAUGUAAGUGGUUGUCUUUUUUUAAAACUUGAAGUGUGUAUGUAAUGGUAUAUGAUACAUUGUCAGUAUGUAUGUAAUGUACACUUUUAAAUUGAAGUCAGAACUUUUGUACAAGAGAAUUUUUUCAAAGUUUAAUAACAAUAUUACAUACCUGUACGAUUUAUUUUUUAGUGUAUAUUGUUUCAUUUUCUCAGGCAUUUUAUUAUGGGGUUUAUUUAUGUUGACUUUUUAUGGGGUUGUGUGUGUAUUGCUGAGCAAAUUUUCAAAAUUGGAUCUUAUUUAGUACAUUGUAUAAUGUACAACCCAAAUUCUAUAUAAAAUGGCCUCUUAGAUGUAUCAGGUAUGUAGGUACAUGUUUUAGUGUGAAAAUGGGUGUAUAUUGAAUGUGGAUAUUGAUGUGUGCGGAUGAUUUUAUGCCAAAUGUGUAUGAAUGGUCACAUGUUUUAUGUGAAUAAAGUU